AUGCCGAGAUUCGACGCCCACGCCCACCUGACCUCCCAGGGAUGGAGGGGAAAGGGCCACACCCUGCACGCGACGAGCGACGACACCGGCCUCAAGCACCACAUCUUGAUCAAGAAGGAAGGCAGCGACGGCCGCGGGCUGGGAUCCGGGAAGGACCACAAGCAGGGGGCGUGGUGGAUGAACGCCUUCGACCAGGCCCUCAAGGGCAUCGACACGACGUCCGGGUCCAUGAAGCAGGUCGUCGGCGCGAAGCUCGACCUCGACAAGAUCACCGCCAGGGGCGCCAAGAAGUACACCGGUAGCCGGGGCUUGUACACGUGCUUUGUCCGAGGAGGAGUGCUGGGAGGCUCGGCAGACCCGGUGAGCGGUCUGCUGACGCCGCCGGAUAGCGGCUCGGGCACGCCUGCUGCCGAGGACAGGAAGGAGACCAAGGAGGAGCGGAGGGCGAGGAGAGACGAGAAGAAGAAGAGGAAAGCUGAGGAAACUGCAAAGAUAGCGGCACAGGAGAAGGCGAAGGUGAAGGCAGGAAAGAGGGCCCAGAAGAAGGCUGCCAAGGAAGCAUUGAAGGCCGGUGAGACAAAAGAAGAGCGCAGAGCUCGAAGAGAUGCCAGGAGAACCCGGAAAGAAGAGAAGCGACACAAAACCAAAGCGGGCUGA